AUCAGGCAUAUGUUUCUCACCCCCUAAAUAUACAUGAUUGAAAUUGAAAUGCCUCACAUAUAAGCACUUCUCACUCAGGGUCAAAUCUUAUUUAUAGUGAUAAAAAAACACUGAUAGAUCAAACAGAAAGUUGUAUAGGUAUGGCGACAGCAGCACCCACAAUCACCGGAGUGAAGGUGGAGAAUAUUGAAUUUCCGGCAGUGGUGACACCUCCUGCCUCCCCCAAGUCCUAUUUCCUCGGUGGUGCAGGGGUGAGGGGGUUAGAUAUUGAUGGAGAAUUUGUGAAGUUCACUGGAAUAGGAAUUUAUUUGGAAGAAAAAGCUGUAGCAUCACUCACUCCUAAGUGGAAAGGCAAAACUCCAUCUCAGCUCUUUGAAUCCCUUGAAUUCUAUCGAGAUAUCAUCAAAGGUCCCUUUGAGAAAUUUAUUCGAAGUACAAAGGUGAGAACACUAGAAGGUAGUGAAUAUGUGAGAAAGGUGUCAGAAAAUUGCAUUGCCCAUAUGAAAUCUGAAGGAACAUAUGGCGAUGCAGAAGAAAAAGCCAUUCAAGAAUUUAGAGAAGCUUUUAAGGAUCAAUUUUUUCCACCAGGAACUGCUGCUUUCUACAGACAAUCACCAAAUGGAGCAUUAGGGCUUAGAUUCUCCAAAGAUGAGACAAUACCUGAACAUGAGUAUGCUGUUAUAAACAACAAGCCGCUUUCGGAAGCAGUGUUGGAGACCAUGAUUGGAGAAAUCCCUGUUUCCCCUGCUUUGAAAGAGAGUUUGGCUACAAGAUUUUAUGAGUUUCUGAAGAUUGACAACUUCAACAUUCGAAACUGAUAUUUGAAAAAUGAAAACUGUUAUCUAUAAUCUUAAAGGCGAGGGGCAUGAUCUUUCAAUGCAUUAUGAUGCAAUAAACGAAUAAUCCAAGUGACAUAUCUAUAAGUCACAUGAUAAUGUUACUUUAUUUUUGAAUUUGCUAUCACAAGUCACAACAGUUUGUGGACUUGGUACGUCAUUAUUUGAAAUGAAUGGCUUAGUUACCUGGUUGUUUUUUAAUCUGUUUGUGCAUCAUUUAUGAAAAAAAGUUAUUAUUAUUUAUUUUA